UGAACCACCCAAAAUAAUUAUGAGGAAGUAGGUGGUUGGUUAGAUUUACAUAUAUACAAAACCACACCUUACCAUAUUCAUAUAUUUCUUAUCUUUAAACAAUGACAAUAACUACACCUUUGGUUGACAACAGAACCGAAAGGGAGCGAGCCAUCGACGAAUGGCUUCCAGUCACCUCAUCGCGCAACGCCAAAUGGUGGUAUUCCGCCUUCCACAAUGUCACAGCCAUGGUUGGAGCCGGUGUGCUCAGUCUUCCGUAUGCUAUGUCCGAGCUUGGUUGGGGUCCUGGUAUAUCAGUGCUAGUAAUAUCAUGGGUUGUGACUUUGUACACAUUAUGGCAAAUGGUUGAAAUGCAUGAAAUGGUACCUGGUAAACGGUUUGACCGAUACCAUGAGCUCGGCCAGCAUGCUUUUGGUGAAAAGCUCGGUCUUUACAUCGUGGUGCCGCAACAGCUCGUCGUUGAAGUUGGGACCAACAUCGUGUAUAUGGUCACCGGGGGGAAAUCUUUACAAAAGUUCCAUGAUCUGGUCUGCAAUGACAACUGCAAAGACAUAAAACUCACAUACUGGAUCAUGAUCUUUGCUUCCGUCCAUUUCGUGCUUUCGCAUCUCCCUAAUUUCAAUUCUAUAUCUGGUGUGUCGUUGGCUGCAGCCGUCAUGUCUCUUAGUUACUCUACAAUUGCGUGGUCGGCGUCUCUAACAAAGGGUGUGCAGCCAAACGUAGACUACGGAUACAAAUCAAGUAGCACAGCAGAUACAGUGUUUAACUUCUUCAGUGCAUUGGGUGAAGUGGCUUUUGCAUUCGCGGGUCACAACGUGGUGUUGGAAAUUCAAGCCACAAUUCCUUCAACACCGGAGAAGCCCUCAAAGGGUCCGAUGUGGAAAGGAGUGGUGGUUGCUUAUAUCAUUGUAGCCAUUUGCUAUUUUCCGGUUGCGAUUAUAGGAUACUGGAUGUUUGGAAACCAGGUCUCGGAUAACAUUCUCAUCAGUUUAGAGAAGCCUACAUGGCUCAUAGCUAUGGCUAAUUUGUUUGUUGUUAUACAUGUUAUUGGAGGCUAUCAGAUUUAUGCAAUGCCGGUAUUUGAUAUGAUAGAAACGGUACUUGUCAAGAACAUGAAUUUCACCCCUAGCUUUAUGCUGCGCUUUAUCACGAGAAAUCUUUAUGUUGCAUUGACAAUGUUCAUUGGCAUGUGUUUCCCUUUCUUUGGCGGACUUCUCGGUUUCUUUGGAGGAUUUGCAUUCGCCCCCACGACAUACUUCUUGCCUUGCAUCAUGUGGCUUACAAUCUAUAAACCAAACAAGUGGAGCUUAUCUUGGAUUACCAAUUGGGUAUGCAUCAUCCUAGGAGUUGCUUUGAUGAUUGUAUCGCCUAUUGGGGGACUAAGGCAGAUCAUUCUUGAAGCCAAAGACUACGAGUUCUUCUCUUGAUAUAAGAAAAGCAGACAAAUUGGAUUUUAAUAAUCCAAAGUAUGAUUCAUUGACCGAUAAUUAUCUAUACUAGCAAUGUGACCAGUGACACUCCUAAUUUUCACUAUCUUUGCCUAGGGCAAUCCUACUCUAACGGAGAAGCAGCUCUGUCUGCCCCUAACUUUCAUUUCUGUCAUUUAGAAACAAUUGACAACAUUCCGAUUGGCAUAAAAGUAAGUCGAUUAGACUGAGACUGCCUUUGGCAAUGAAAGUGAAAUUUAGGAGUGUCAUCGGUCACAAUGCCAGUAUGGAUUAUUAUCGGCCAAUGGGUCUAAGUUGGGUUAUUAAAAUCCAAUUCGCCAAAAAAAUAUAGAAAUAUAUGAUGGGGUUAUCAAUAACUUUGCAUAGGGGAAAUCCAUUUUAAGAUAUCUUAAAGUAAAUAUACAUAUUGAAAGAUUAUUUAUUAAAGUAAAUAUACAUAUUGAAAGAUUGUUUAGAAGGAAAAUGACCAUGGAAUCAGUCAAGAAACUUACUUGCAGAAGUUCCCACUCUUCCUUCAAUUCAUUAUUACAUUCAUUGUGUGCGAGUAUCUGUAUAAACAUUUUCAUUUUUAUUUGUGAAUUCAUAAAAGACAGUUGUAUGUUCUACUCUAUAAUGUAAUUUACAUCCACAAUACCUACA